UGUUAGAUUCUAGGUAAUCAAUUUAUCUCUCCCUCACGUACAUAUGCAAUCCAUGAUUGUGUUUGCUUCUUUUUUCCUCUAGAAUGACAGACGAGGCAGAGACCGCACCCACUACAGACAGCAUCAAAUCUGCCCAGUCGACUGAAGGUUGUGCUCGGAAACCUGCUCUCCGAAAGGUAGACACACCCAAGAAAACAGCCAGAAGCCAGAAAUCCAAUGAGGAAGUCAUGAACAAAAUGUACACAACUCUGCUCAACAGGGUUUUUGGACAGGAAAGAGAAUUAUCCCAGCUAGAAUUAGAUGAGCUUGCAGAGGCGUUUAAAGAGUUUGACUAUGACCAGGAUGGCUACCUGAACUACAAAGACCUGGCAGAGUGCAUGCGAACUUUGGGAUACAUGCCUAUGGAAAUGGAGCUCCUAGAAAUCAUUCAGCAAAUUAAAAUGAGGCUAGGUGGGCUGAUGGAUUUUGACGAUUUCUGUGAGCUGAUGGGACCAAGAAUGAUGGUCGAGACAGCUCAUAUGGUGGGGCUGAAAGAACUUGAGUGCUCUUUCAAACAAUUUGACAUGGAUGGGGAUGGGAAGAUUAGUCUGGAUGAGAUGAAGGAAGCAGCAAAGACUCUACUGGGAGAGAAACCGAGGAAAGGAGAGCUGGAAGAGAUCCUGAAGGAGAUGGACCUGAAUGGAGACGGCAGUGUAGAUUUUGACGAGUUUGUUAUGAUGCUGUCCACGCAGUAG